AGGCACAUCGACUUCAGAGUAGUUCAUGCACUACUUUAGUCCGACUUUCAUGCAACUUGAGGGCCAUAGACUUCAAUGUUAACCCUCAAAAGUUGCAUGAAAGUCGUACCUGAUUGUUUUACAUGCAACAGUGGUGCAACAGGGGGUUCGACUUUUCAGAGGGACAACAAGGGCGGACUGACCAUUUGGAAACUCGGGCACUGCCCGAGGGCCUGGGGUCUGUAGGGGGCCCAAUGAGAUACCCCUGGUACCUUUUUCAUAGGCUUUUUUGAGUUUGGGCAAGGACACGGGGGCCCCAUGAUCCCCUAUUGUUCGAGGGCCCCAUGA